UAUCGUUCGAUGGAUUUAGAGCUGAUUACUUGGAUAGGAAUAUUACUCCCACAUUAAAUAAACUUAUUCAGAAUGGCAUUAAAGCCGAAUAUAUGAUGCCAUCAUUUCCGUCUGUAACAUUUCCUAAUCACUAUACAAUUGUAACUGGCCUUUAUCCUGAAUCUCAUGGAAUUGUCGGAAAUGAAUUUUAUGAUCCGGAUCUUGAUGAUGAAUUUUAUUACACUAAUCCUAAUAAAAGCUGGGAUUCAAAAUGGUGGGGUGGUGAACCAAUUUGGGUAACUGCUGUUAAGCAAGGUCAAAAAUCUGGUGUAUCACAGUGGGUCGGAACUUCUUCUGUUAUCAAAGGAUAUACACCGACUUAUCAUUAUCCAUAUGCUCCUAAUGUUACUAAUGAAGAAAAAAUUAAACAUAUAACGAAUUGGUUAGAUCUUCCAUUAGAUGAAAGACCAACUUUCCUUGCUGCUUAUGCAAGUAAAGUGGAUAGUGCUGGUCAUAAAUUUGGUCCUGAUUCUGUAGGUGUAAAUGAUUCUCUUAGAUACGUUGAUGAUUUUGCUCUUGGCUUGUGGGAAGGUUUGGCUCAGAGAAAUUUAACUGAUAUUGUCAACUUUAUAAUUGUUAGUGAUCACGGAAUGGCUCAGACUAUUUCGAGUAAUCAAAUUUUUUUAGAUAAUGCUUUCAAUGUUUCAAAAGUUCGUCCCGUAGAAGGUAAUCCAUUAGCUGGAAUUCGUCCAUAUAACGACUCUGAUAUCAAUGAUAUAUAUUUAUCAUUGAAAGAAGCGAGUCAAAAUCAGCCUUGGAAUUGUUAUCUCCGUGAGGAAAUACCUGAGCGUUUUCAUUUCCGUGCGUCACGUCGCAUAGCUCCAAUAUUUUGUAUUCCUCCUGUAGGUUGGAUUCUCACAACACAUCGUGAUUUUGGUAAUUCAACUCCAAAAGGGGCUCACGGUUAUGAUAAUCUUGAACCAGAAAUGAGAGGAAUAUUUUUAGCUUCAGGUCCUGCAUUCAAGGAAAUAGCACAGAAAAAAAAGACGAAUGUAGUAAAAAGUUUUUUUAAUUUCGAAGUUUAUAACAUAAUGACUAAAAUUUUAAGUUUAACUCCCGCUGAAAACAAUGGUACUUAUGGCGGAAUUCUUUGGGAUGAUUAA